AUGACACAAAUUCAUGAAACAUUAUUACUUAUUAAUGACAUAAUACGUGUAGCAUUAUCACUUAAUAUUGAUAAAACUAAUCAUUUAACCAUUUUACCACGUUUACAAGUACCAAUGAUCAGUUUACUAUCGAAAUCAUCAACAUUUUGUGGUAAUUUAAUAAUUAUUGAUACUCCUGGACCAAAUGAAGAUCAACUUUCAAAACAUCUGAAACAAGUGAUUAUAAAUGAAUUACGUAAAUCAGCAAUAAUAUUAAUCGCAUUAGAUUUUAAUUCAUUAAAUUCAACUGAUGAAGCAGAACUAAAACGAGAUAUUGAAGCUGUUUGUAAUGAAGUUCGAGAUAGCACAACCGAACAAAUUAAAGCUUUUAUAUCAUCAAGAUUUAAGAUUCAGAAACAAAAUAUAUUUGAAGUAUCAGCUAAAAAUGCUUUAUUAUCUUGCAUAUUUUUAAAUGAAUAUAAAUUAAUUGAUAAACGUGAAGAUCUCAUACAUGAUUUAUUAACAGAACAAAUGAUAACAUAUAAAACAUUUAUUCAACAAAAUGUUUUGGUGUAUAUGGAGUCAAACAAAGUCAAACAACAGCACGAAAUUAGAUUAUAUUGUACAUUGCUGAUUGCAUUGGGUUUAAUUGUCUUAUUAUCAAGACUACUACAAAAUUUAGUUUUUUCGAUAUCGGGUGCAGAAUUAAAAAAGCGUGUACGUGCAAAAGCAAUUCAAUGUAUGUUGAAACAAGAAGUCGGUUGGUUUGAUAAACAAGAAAACCAUAGUGGAAUACUUUGUGAACGCUUAUCGACGGAUGCAUUAGCUAUUCAAAAUCUCGCUACAGAAUCACUUCAAAAUAUUCGUACAGUUGUACAAUUGACUAAAGAAGAUAUUUUUAUACAAACGUAUUCCAAAUAUAUUCACCAUACAUACGCAUUCACAAAAACAUAUUCAUAUAUUAAAGCAAUUACACACUCUGUGGCAAUAUCGAAUUUUUAUUUUACUUUAGCAGCAACAUAUGUAGCCGUGUUUGUAUUAAUCGAACAUGAACAAAUUAAAACUGAAAAUAUAAUGAUGUAA